CAUUUGUAGAUAAAAACCAUUGAGUUUGAGUGAGAGAAAAAUCAUGGAGGCAAAGGGAAUUAAAUUGGGGGUUUCACUUGUGGUUCCAAGCGUACAAGAACUUGCUAAAGAACACCUGAUCAAGGUUCCAUCCCGAUAUGUUCGUCCUGAUCACGAACCUCAAGUCGUACCUUCUCCCCUUCCUCAAGUGCCUAUCAUUGAUAUGGAGCGAUUAACAUCUAAAGAUUUUGUUGAUUAUGAAUUAGAAAAGCUACACAUGGCUUGUAAAGAUUGGGGUUUCUUUCAGGUUAUAAAUCACGGGAUCAGUAGUUCAUUGUUGGAAAGAGUAAAGGAAGAAACACAACAACUCUUUGAGUUGCCAACUGAGGAGAAAAAGAAGUUAUGGCAAACACCGGAAGAUCUCGAGGGAUUUGGACAAGCCUUUGUUUUCUCCGAGGAGCAAAAACUCGAUUGGGCCGAUAUAUUUUUCUUGGUUACCCUUCCUCAUCAUCGUAGAAAGCCACACUUAUUUCCUAACCUACCUCUUCCAUUCCGAGACACCUUAGAAGAAUAUUCAAGAGAGGUUAUGAACACAGCGAAAAAAACCCUGCUCUAUAUUGCGAAAGCAUUGAAUAUGGAAACUACGGAUUUGAUGGCAUUGUUUGAGGAAGGAAUGCAAUCAAUGAGGAUGAACUACUAUCCACCAUGUCCCCAACCCGAACAAGUCAUUGGUCUUGCCCCACACUCUGAUGCUGUCGGGGUCACUUUUCUUCUCGAACUAAAUGAAGUACACGGUCUUGAAAUAAGAAAAGAUGGCGCUUGGAUCCCAGUUACACCACUCCAUAAUGCUUUCAUUGUUAACAUCGGAGAGAUCCUAGAGAUUGUGACAAAUGGACAAUAUAAAAGCAUUGAGCACAGAGCAACAGUGAACUCGGAGGGAGAGAGGUUGUCUAUAGCAACAUUUAUCAACCCAAACAUAAAUGGUGAAAUAGGACCCGCACCAAGCCUAGUGACUGCCGAAACGCCACCUAACUUUGCUAGGGUAGCAGUUCUUGAUUUUUUCCAGAACUUAUUCUCUAAGGAACUUAAAGGGAAAUCAAACCUUGAACAAUACCGUAUAUAAUUUCGGUAUGUAGCAAAAAGAAUAAUAUGAACUAAAGUGUAAUACUUAAUGAAAAUAAUAGGUAUUCGGAUCGAAAGAUUAUUACAGAAUUACCUAAAUGUUUGUGUUGUAUUCUAUGUUUUGUAUAAUUGAAGUAUUGUAUCUCACUUAUAAUAAAAGAUUCCAAUAAAUAUC